AUGAACGAUCUCCAAAACCUUGCAUCUCAAGGCCUCCCUCUAUACCUGCCCUGGUCCAAAGAUUACAUUGCGAUCGGAUCAGGCUUCAAUUCAGCUUCCAUUGCAUCCAGCAGUUCGCCCUGGGUAUCGAAAUGCCCAUAUAUAAUUGACAACGCAAAAUGCGUUAUGGAAAUCAGUGGCACAACUUCAAGCUACCGAGAAGGAAACAGUUUUUCGUCAGUGCAGCAUUCAGAGCACCUCAGUGCUAGUCUUGGAGUAACUGUGGGUUGCAAGUUCCUCAGCGCCAACGUUACCGGUUCGUACGAUGAAACGGUAUCGGACAACCUUACUGGAACACGAGUCUCCAAGAACAUCAGUUUUCGAGCUGGACAUGUCCGCUUCAAGGCUGAUCCGCAAUUGACGCCUUACGCACGAAACGUUUUAUGCAAGUCGGAGAACGAAUUUUGCAGUAUUUUUGGGGACUACUACAUUGCUGGGUACCAGAUUGGGGCUGACGCGGGAGGAUGUGUGACUAUCGAACACAAGGAUCAGUCCGAAGAAAAAAUGUUGCAAAUUCGGGCCACUGCCAAGGUACUCUGGAUUGAGAUGACAAUCAGCACUACAACAUCAUCAAAAGAGGUGUUUUCAAACCACACCGUGUCCUUCAAGAGCUAUGAUACCCUGCAGCAGUGCAUCGAGAAGUCAGAGGGAGCCAAUCUCGAGGAGAUCCAUCAGAUGUCCAAGGCGUGCAUGAAUCGAAUCGGCAAUCUGCAAGCGAUAGUCGAAAAAAAAUUAUUGGAAUUGGGUCUGAAUACGAGUGGUGGGGUAUCUGUAAAGGAGUGUGCACAAUUGUGCGAGUCUGGCGUGGUGGUUCAACUGAUACUAGCCCCUUACUCCAAGCUUGCAGAAUACGUAGCCCUGACUAGCAGUCACAACUCGUAUAUGCAAUGA